AGAAGCCAUCGCGAUCGUGAUCGCCACGCGAGGGACAUCCGGAGCCGUCGCGGCGAGCCAAAGGACCUCAGCGCUUGAUACGGUUUGCACCCGCGUCCCAUCUUUGAGCAGGGGCAGCCAAGGGCAGCCUUUCCAGCGCCAACAGUGCGCCCACUCGAAAGCAGAGCCGCCGCGCAGGCACCAUGAGCGCCCCGAAGGAGCAGGAGAUGGUCGAGCGCGUCGAGCCGACGGCCGUGACGCCCGUGAUCGUGGACCCGAUCCCGCUCGCGCCGGUCGCGGUGGUCGUGCCGCCGGGCGCCGUCACGGGCACGGUCGUCGCGGUCCAGGGCCAGAACGUCGUCAUCCCGGCGGGCUACGCCGCGGGCGCCGAGUGGCAGGUCAUGCUGCCGACGACCAAGGUCGUGCAGCAGUCGGGGCUGGUCGGCAUGGCCCAGCUCCUGGGCGGCGCGGACCGCAUCCACAUCAACCAGCGCAUGAUGAUGUUCGAGGCCCUCUCGUGCGGCAUGUUCGAGCAGAAGAACAAGUACGACAUCCGGAUCGGCGACAAGGAGGGCCCGACGGUCAUGGUCGCGACCGAAGAAAGCAAGCCGUGGACGCGCCUCUGCUGCGCGCCGCGGCACUCGGCGUUCGUCUACUUCGCGCCGGCCUACGACCAGAACAACGUCCUGCUGACGAUGGAGCGGCCGGGCUGCAAGUGCGACGGCUGCUUCGACGUCAUGUGCUGCGUCAACUCGCCCAAGCCCUGCACGGGCGGCGGCUGCUACACGUGCCACGACAUGUGCGUCGAGGAGGUCACGCUGCACGACGGCAUGGUCACGGGCGAGCCGGGCGUCGAGCUCCAGAACGCCAAGCCCCUCGCGGUCAUCCGCCAGCCGAUGCAGUGCUGCACGCCGCCCAUGGACGGCUGCACGCCGACUUUGGAUAUCUUCCCGGCGCAGGGCGAGACGCCCUACGCGCAGAUCACGGGGCCCACGCUCUUCGGCGGCUGCUCCGAGCUCUGCUGCGAGAGCCACUUCCGCUACACGAGCGACGGCCGCGAGGCCGGCCAGGUCACGCACCUCACGCCCAAGUCGCCCGGCGAGGUCUUCAAGGCGAUCUGCACGGACUCGGACAACUACGGCAUCGAGUUCGCGCCCGGCGCGUCCGAGGUGGACAAGGCCAAUAUGAUCGCGGGCUCGGUGCUCCUCGACUACAUGUUCUUCGAGAUCGACAACGGCCUCGUGCACAUCAACCCGAUCGACCGUUCGGUCGAGAUCACGUGCUGCCUCUGCUUCUGCUGGGGCAACUUAACACCGUGCGUCUGCAAGUGCGGCGGCAAGAACGACGACGGCGGCGCGAGCGGACUCGGCGCACUUGGCGGACUUGCCGGCGGCGGCCCGCCGCGCGCCGAGGACGGCUCUGUGUUUGGCCAACCCUGGCUGACGGCCCAGAAUUAGCAGGCGCCUCCGCGCCUCCCACAAGUCCCCCUCCCACAAGUCCCCUUCACUUACGGCUACGGUGGUCGCACCGUUACCCCAGUUGGCCGUCCCGCGGCGUAAAUUCAUAGAAAUGGAGAUACGCCAACGACGCGACCUAGCAG